AUGGGGGGUGGGGGUUUUGAGAGUGGGAAGUAUGGGUUUGAUGUAUGGGGGAGGGGGUGGUGUUUGGUGGUGGGGUUGGGGUGUGGGGGUAGGUGGUUUGUGUUGGUGGUGAUGGGGGGGGUUUGGGGGGGGGAUUUUGAGUUUGGGUAUGAUGGGGGGGGGAUUUUGGGGUGGGAUUUGGGAGGGUUUGGGGGUUGGAGGGAGUGGGGGUUAUUGGGGGUUGGGGGGGGUUUUUGGUUGUGGGGGGUAGGGGGGGUGUAUGGGGUGGGGGGGUGGUGGGGUGGGUUGUGGGGUGGGGUUGGGUGGGGGGAUGGGGGGGGGGGGGGGGGGGUGGGGGGUGGUGAGUGUUGGUUGGGGGGGGGGGUUGGGGGGGUGGUGGGUUUAGGGGGGGAUGGGGGGGUUGAGGUGUUGGUGAUGUUGGAUAGGAUGGGGGGUGUAGGUGGGGGGGGGGUGAUGGAUGGGUGUGGGGUUGGUGGUGUAAUGGUAUGGUUUGGGGGUGUGGUUGUGGGGAUGGGAGUGGGGUGGUGGGGGAGGGGUUUUAGGGGGAUGGAAAUAUGGUUGGGGGGAAUGUUGAAGGGGGUGGGGAUUUAUGAGGAGGGGGGGGUUUUGGGGGUGAUUGUAUGGGAAGGGGUGGAUGGGAUGGGUGUGGAUUGGGGUGGGGGGGGAUGGGGGGGGGGGGGGGGUGUGGGGGGGGGGAUUUUUUUUGUGUAUGGGGGGGGGGAGGUUGGGGGGGGGGGGGGUAUUUGGAGUAGGGUGGGGUGGGGGUAUUGUGGUGGGGGGGUGGGUAUGGUGAUGGGUUUUUGGGGGGAUUUGUAUGUUGGGGGGUUGGAUGUGGUGGGGGGUGGGGGGGGGGGGUGUGGGGUGGGGGUGGGUGUGGAGGUGUUUUGGGGUAGUGGGGUUGGGGUUAGGAUAAGGGGGGGGGUUGGGGGGGGUGGUGUUUUUGGGAUGGGAUUGUGGUAUAAGAUAUGUUGGUGGGGAGAUAUUGGGGAGUGGUGGGGGGGGGGGUUAUGGAUGAUGGAGAUGUUUGAUAUUUGGGUUGGGGGGGGAAUGGAGAUGUGUUGGUAUGGGGGGUGGGGGGUAUGGAUAUGGGGGGGUGAGGUGUGGGGUUGGAAUGGGGGGGGGGAGGGGGGUGGGGGUGGGUGGGUGGGGAGUAAUAAGGGGGUGGGGGUGUGGGGGGGGGGGGUUGGUAGGGGUAGGAUAGGGGGGGGGGUUGGGGAGUGGGGGUGUGGGUGGGGGGUUAAGUGGGGGGGAUUGGUUGAUGGGGGGGGGGGAUUUGGGGGGUGGUUUGGGGUUGGUGGGUUGUUGGGGGGGGGGUUGGGGAUAAGUUUUGGGUUAAGGAGUGGGUUGGGGGGGGGGUUUUUUGAGAUUGUGUGGUAUGUUGGGGGGGGGGGGUUGGGGUGUGGUGUGAGGUGGGGGGAUGGGGGGAAAGGAGUUGUUAUGGAGGGUGGUGUUAUGAGGGGGUUGGUGGUGGUGGUUAUGAUGGGGUGGUGGUGGGGGGGGGGAUUUGGAGUAGGGGGGUGGGUGGUUUUUGGGGGGGGAAUUGGUUGGGUGUGUGGGGGUUGGGUAUGGUGGUGGGUGGGGGGUUGGUGUGGGUUAGGGGUGAUAUUGGUUGGGUGGUUGUGGGGGGAUUGGGUGUUGGGGGGGGGGGGGGGUUGGGGUUUGGGGGGGGGUGGGUUGGGGUUUGGGGGUGUGGGGGGAUGGGUUGGGUGGGGGGGGUGGGGGGGGGUGGGGUUGUUGGGGGGGGUGGUAGGUGGUGUGUGUGUUGUGGGUGGAGUUGUUGUUGGUGGGGUUUGGGUUGGGGGUGGGGUGGGGGGGGUUGUGGGUUGGGGGGGGGUUUUUGUGGUGGGGUAUGGGGGGGGGGUGGGGGGGGGGGGUUUGAUGGGUGUGGUGUUUGGGGGGGUUUUGGGUUUUGGGUUGGGGAGUUGGGGGGGUGUUUGGUAUGGGGGGGGGGGGGGUUGGGAUUGGGGGUUAGGGGGGGAUGGGUUGGGGGGGGUUUUGUGUGGGGUUUGGUGGGGUGGGGGGGGGGGGGGGGGGGGGGGGUGGAGGUUGGGGGGGUAG